GUUUUUUUUCUGAAUAUCUCAGAUUCUUCAGUAUUAUGCUUACUUGGCUCCUUUCUCUCUCUAAAAAGACAAAAUAAAAUCAUUUUUUUUUAUUAUCUGUGAAAUGUGAAUGUCGUCUUUUCAACUUUCAUUUGCUUCCUCAGAUUGAAUCUAGCUGAGACUCUCAACCACUCUCUAUUACUACACCCAUUACCCAUUACCCAUUACCCAUUACCAAAUCUCUUAAUACCCACUUCAAUUUACGCCUCUAUUUUGAUUUUUAGCUUUCUGGAUAUUCUUUAAUUAUCAAUCUAAAAUACCCAUUAAAAAGUAAUAUAUAUUUUUAUUAUUAAGUUGGAUAAAGAAAAAAGGAAGUUUCUAGAGGAAAAGCUUUGGUUAAUAUCUUCAAUGGCGGCGUACACGGUGGCGACACCACUGUGCACGUGGCUUGUGGCGGCGUGCAUGUCUGUAGGUUGUAGUGGUAAUGAUGGAAAGGACAAAACUUGUUCUUUCUCCAAGAGUCGUAAGAAAAGAGCUUUGGCUUUAAGAAGUAAUGGCCAGAUGUUGUUUAGUGGAUCCACCAUUCAUGGUCUUAUGUCUUCUUUUGAACCUUGUGAUCAGUUUUAUAAUACUAGUUUUAAUCAUAAUAAUAAUGGGGAUUUUGAUGGGUUUUACUCUCUUUUUGGAUCCAAAUUUGAUCAUUUAUCAACAAGAAAAAGGCGGAGUAAUCGAGCUUUACACUCAGGAGCCAUGGCUGUGGCAGUUGAGCCCUCAAUGGAAGUUACAACCAAUAAAAAGCCUGUUACAAAACAAAGGAGAGUAGUUGUGACUGGAAUGGGUGCAGUUACCCCAUUAGGGCAUGAUCCAGACACCUUCUACAAUAAUUUGCUUGAUGGCGUCAGUGGCAUAAGUGAGAUAGAGACUUUCGACUGUGCCAGUUUUCCUACAAGAAUUGCUGGAGAAAUCAAGUCCUUCUCUACUGAAGGAUGGAUUGCGCCUAAACUGUCAAAGAGAAUGGAUAAGUUCAUGCUGUACAUGCUGACUGCUGGAAAGAAAGCCUUGGUGGAUGGUGGUAUAACCGAGGAUAUAAUGAGAGAACUAAACAAAACAAGAUGUGGUGUGCUGAUUGGUUCUGCAAUGGGUGGCAUGAAGGUUUUUAAUGAUGCAAUAGAAGCUCUACGUAUAUCAUACAAGAAGAUGAACCCUUUUUGUGUGCCUUUUGCAACCACAAAUAUGGGGUCCGCAAUGCUAGCAAUGGACUUGGGAUGGAUGGGCCCAAACUACUCAAUCUCUACUGCUUGCGCCACAAGUAACUUUUGUAUACUUAAUGCUGCGAAUCACAUAAUUCGUGGUGAAGCAGAUUUGAUGCUUUGUGGAGGCUCAGAUGCUGCAAUAAUACCGAUUGGCCUGGGAGGUUUUGUAGCUUGCAAAGCACUUUCACAGAGGAACGGUGAUCCUACGAAAGCUUCACGUCCUUGGGAUAUUAAUCGUGAUGGCUUUGUUAUGGGGGAAGGCGCUGGUGUCCUGCUUCUAGAAGAGUUAGAGCAUGCUCUGGCAAGAGGUGCCGAAAUCUAUGCAGAAUUUUUGGGUGGUAGUUUCACUUGUGAUGCCUAUCAUGUGACCGAGCCUCACCCUGAAGGGGUUGGCGUUAAACUCUGCAUUGAAAAAGCCUUAGCUGAAGCUGGCAUUGCGAAGGAAGAUAUUAACUAUAUAAAUGCACAUGCUACAUCAACUCCAACUGGAGACUUGAAGGAAUACCAAGCUUUGGUUCGCUGUUUUGGUGAUAAUCCUGAGGUUAAGAUAAACUCUUCAAAGUCCAUGACUGGCCACCUUCUUGGAGCAGCUGGUGCCAUUGAAGCUGUGGCAACUGUACAGGCAAUACGGACAGGAUGGCUGCAUCCAAAUGUCAACCUCGAAACUCCAGAUGAAGGGGUGGACACUAAGUUGCUCGUUGGCUCAAAGAAAGAAAGACUGGAAAUAAAGGCUGCAUUGUCAAAUUCAUUUGGGUUCGGUGGGCAGAAUUCAUCAAUCGUAUUUGCUCCAUAUAAAUAGCACGAUUGUGCUGCCACUGCUUCACUUAACAAUACUGCUGGUGCCUGAGAUUACCAGGGUGCAAUAUUGAUGUUUUCGUACACGAAACCUUGUGUUAUUAAAUGGGCAGACUACUGUAAGUAUCUAACCUUGCAUUCCUAGCGAGAAGGCAUGAAGACAUACAAGUGUUUUUUAACAUGAAAGCAUGCUUGAUUUGAGGAAAUGCUAUAUAUGCUGCGAGCCAUUUAGGAAUAACAAGAAGGCUUGCUUAUGGGGCCAGAUUUAUUGUCGUUCACCUUAUUAGGCAGUUCAUUAAUAUUGGAUACACUAAAUUGCUGUUGUUUAAUUGAUAUUCAAGUGUAAUAGAAUUGGUUAAUACUUUUUUUUUGUCUCGAUGGAAAGUUCCUCAGCACGCAAGCAUAGUCUCAGUCGUUCUCGAUGAACGUAUGAAGAACUGUUCAAUGCUCCUCUUAGUUGGUCUUGGGUUUAGAUUUUUGAUUAAAUGUUGAUGUUCAAUAGAAUUAUGCAUCGACAAAUAAAAGUGUGAUUUCAAA